AUGCAAGAUGACACGAGGAGAAUGAGUCGUUUGGGUGGCCAGAUGGCGAAGACGUACCCGAGAAGAGUGGUGAUCAACAGGUACGCGAAACGGAUGGAGGAUGAGCUGGACCUGGUACCUGGCGACAGAAUCGAGGUGCUCGAGGCCGAUGAGUUGUAUGGGGACGGCUGGUACACGGGGAAGAAUCUGUCCCGCGGAAGCCAGGUCGGGCUGUUCCCGGAGGUUUUCACGAAAGUGGUCGACGCUGAAGAACCGUUCCCGGGAACGAAACUGGACAAUGCGCGGAACAGCAGCCUCAAUGCUAUCAGCGACACCAUGAACGAUAUUGAUAAGGCGCUCAAUGACUUGCAGAACGACAAUCGGCCGCUACAGGAUCAGACCGCCAGCGGUGCCGUUUCUGGGGAAGAGUCCCCCGCGUCGCUGAGUUUUUGGAUGACUAUUCCAGCGUUAACCAGGGGUCAAGUUUUACAUUUCCGAGGGGGACGCCUCGCAGACAAUACCUCCGUUGAUACAUUGACCAAUUUCGAUCUUUCGAAUGUAACGAACUGGACUUCAAGCGAAGUGGCCGGGUACUUUUGUGCCAGAGGGGUGGAUAGGGCAAAUGCUGCUCAAUUUGACAAGCACAACAUUACAGGCGCCAUACUAAUGGAGCUGGAAUUAUCACAUCUGAAGGAAAUACAGAUUGAGCCCUUUGGAACAAGAUUUGAAGUCUUCAAAGAGAUAACUCGCAUCAAAAACGAGCCGAAAGUUCCUAUAAUAUCUGCUGGGAGUAUCCCCAGCUUGUCCAGUGGGGUGAACCAUCUGAUGCCUGCCCCGUCGGUGUCACCUUGGUCUAUGAGUAGUAACGAACAGCGCCAAGGUCCAAGCCAAGUGCUGAUUUCUAACGGAUCCUAUAGCAGUGGCACGAGAGUAGACGAGCGUCAUCUGAGAACUGCAUCGGAGAAACUGGCCGGAUUGGCAAUAUCUUCGAACGAACAUAUCUUCGACGAACCAGGCAUAGCCCCGAAACCACCCUCAUACCCAAGUCCUGUUCAGCCACCACUAUCUCCAGUCUCCAGAGGAAAUGGCAGCUCCCACUCAAGCAGCCCGAUUUUCCCACAACAGCAGUUUCAGAAAUCGAUCAACAAUUCAAAUGUUUUACAUGAAAGCUUCAGCGAUAGUAGAGACACUAGACAGCCGUCAUCUCAAUCCUCAGGCGACUACGAUGGGCAACAUCAGUCUUUUACUCUAAAAGAUUUCAAAGUACGUAACAUGAACAGGAAACUCGCAGGGCACGAGAGACAUGAUAGCCGAACCGGUACAACACCACCUUUAGAUGCUGUUACACAGAUGGGCUAUGCUUCAAGAGCCACUAUAACUCCGUCUGAGUCUACAAGUCUGAAAAGAAAUUCUGUGGUGUACACGCACAGGAAGUCCGUAUCCGGUGGAUCGUUUGUCGAUCUUUUUGAUAGAAUAUCGUCUCUAUCCCCGAGCAGAAAUAGUAUGAUAGAUAAUACGACAGGUCACAGGGAUAUCUCGCAUUCGCAUUCUAGAUCGUUGUCAGGAACGAAAACACUACCGCAAUCGAGGAGACCAUCAACUGCUAACGCAAACAUGGCAUCGCAUUCACGGAACGCCUCCUGGCAGAACAACACUAAUAGUAUUGAUGCUUGGAAGAGGAAACAUAGAAGAAACUCGUCCAUGUUAUCGUUCUUGUCCCCCAGUGAAAAGAUGGUCUUUUCGCCCACUCAAAUUUUGAGAAAAAACAACACUGGAGGCUCCAAUGACAACUCCCCGAAACCAUCCCACUCUAGGAAUGGCUCUGUUAGCAGUCCUCUCAAAUCAGAAUACACAGAACUCCCAAUGACGCUACGUUCACCAACGCAACAAAAACACAAAACGCCAAGGAAGAAAAACAGACACUCUACUCUAAUAGACCCAUCUGCAGUGGCAUCUAAGGCACCACCUCAACAGACGGCUAGCCAUCAUAGGCGCUCCUCUACAAGCAACAGUCAAUCAAAACCCAUGACAAGACCUAAGCUGGAAAAUGCUGAAACCCAGAACGCAACUUCGAGCUCAUCAUCAAAAUCGAAGAUCAAGUUUCCUGGAUCCAAAAAACAGCAAACAUCAGCGUUUCAAGAGGGAAUCCGAACCAUCAGUGUAGAUGAUGCGAUAGAAAAUGCGGAUUGUUCUGGUUGGAUGAGAAAGAAGGGCAGUGGCACAGUGGGUACUUGGAAAAAGAGGUUCUUUACUUUACACGGUACAAGACUAUCAUACUUUGUUAGCCUAUCCGAUGUCAAAGAAAGGGGUCUAAUCGAUAUCACAAGUCAUCGCGUGGUUCCAGUUGAUGACGAUGACAAUAUACUCUCUCUCGCAGCAACUUCAAUGGGGAAAGGUAAAUACUGCUUUAAAUUGGUCCCACCACAACCGGGCUCCAAGAAAGGUCUUACGUUCACCCAACCCCGUGUCCAUUAUUUUGCAGUGGAUUCUAAGGAUGAAAUGAAGGUUUGGUUAUCUGCUCUAAUCAAGGCCAGUAUAGAUGUCGACAGCGACGUUCCCGUAAUCAGCUCAUAUGCAAUGCCAACGAUAUCUUUAUCCAAUGCCCAGCAGAUGUUGAAGGAUGCUAAGACCGAAUUGGUUCUGCGAGACCACCAACGCCUUAAAGAAAAGGAUGAUGGCCGGUUGAUGUGGGAACAGCAACAGAAAGAAAACGACAAAAGAAAAUCUGCAUUUUAA